UUUACACGGAAAAGAGCUCUGCAAGUGCUCCUUGCAACCGAAGUCUUCGGCUUCUUUUUAUUUAGCUCAGGUGGGGUGGUCUGGAUUAGGGGACUGUUGCCUGGAGAGAAGUUAUAAAAAAGCCACCUCCCACGGUGUUUGUGAGGAAGAUCGCUGGGUGGAGUGUCACUCUGCCAGUCUGGAGAAGUUAUAAAAAGCCACCGUGAGAACCGUAAUCGAGGAAUAAAAAUCAAACGAAAAUGGGGAACCUGAAGAACGGUUUAAUAGCAGUGACGGUUCCUCUUCCUUCCGUAGCUUUCUAUCUCAUUUUUCUCCACUAUUACCACCGCUAUCCUAUUACAGAAAUCGAUAGCAGUAGCACUGCCCCUCCCUAUGGACCCUAUCAUCAUCUGUGGACAUGGUGUUUCCUCCAUCCUCUUUUAUUAGCAAACCUCCUAUUCUUCUUCAACGUCAAUGUCCUCUUCUGGCUUAUCAGCCUCAUCCAAUCAAGCCACUGGAUGAUAGACUUGUACUGGACUGUUAUACCCGUAAUGCUUGCUCACUACUAUGCGACAUACCCUUCUGCACGGUACAACAUCUGGAGGUCGACAAUAGUGAUUUUCCUGACCUGGGUUUGGAGCAUCAGGCUCACGCAUAACUACUUCAGGAGGGAGAAAUGGGAAUGGGGUGCAAGAGAGGACUGGAGGUUCACCGAUAUGCGUAAGCGCUAUGUCAAGCACUGGUGGUGGCUUUCCUUCUUUGCCGUCUAUGUCUCUCAGCAGGUCUUUCUGAUUGGUAUAUGCCUCCCUAUGUAUUCUGUUCACUCGGUAGAGAAGCCAUGGAACGUCUGGGACUCCAUUGCUACCAUUGUUUGCAUGUGUGGUAUCACCGUAGCUUAUUUUGCUGACACGCAGCUCCAUGAUUUUGUAACAAGAAACAACGCAUUGAAAGAGUUAGGAGUGCCUCUGGUGCCCAAUCUUGACAAGGGAUUGUGGCGGUACUCCCGACAUCCGAACUACUUUGGGGAGCAAUUGUGGUGGUGGGGAUUAGUUAUCUUCGGAUGGAACGUUGGCCAUGGAUGGACCUUCAUUGGGUCACUUAUUAAUAGUCUGUGCUUGGCGUAUGUGACGGUGCUUGUAGAGCGGCGAAUGAUGAAACAAGAAUAUAGAGCUGAUGCAUACAGGCUCUACCAGAAAACAACAUCGGUUUGGAUACCAUGGUUCAAGUCAUCUCUGACUGGAGGAAAAGAUAAGAGCACCUGAUGUAUGUACUCCUUUUGUCAUGGGGUAAUUGGUUCUUGAUAUAUUCUUUAUCGCUCUACUCUGAUUGUGUGCCAUUGUUUUGAUGUUCGUCACUGUUUCACGUUGGCUGUUUGAAGACUAGAGGAAUGAUGGAUUUUAUUUGCUCAGUUUAUGACUUUCAAUUUAUAAAAGAAAAUGAAAAUCAGUAGCGACAAACUGUAGAUUUGUUUUUCAUGUUUCCUUAACGCUGUACUAAAGCAGAAUAUAAUCGGAGCUUAUAAAGAAUAUAAAAGAAAAGAUAAUCAGGUGAUUCUUCUGAGAAUUGUGGUAUGAACAUAUGGUCCGUAUAGAGUUGGUGAAUUCUUUUAGAAAAAAUGUGAAAGGAAACUUGAUUGAUA